AUGAGAGCACAAUUCCACAUGUUCAAGUCAGUAGCAUCACUAGCUCUUGCAGGAGCAGUCGGGUUGAUGUCAAUGGCUCCAUUAUCAGCAAAGGCAGAUCUGAUUUGUCGAAAAUUUGGCCCUGAUACAUUUCGCGUCAACGCUACACUCAAAUUCUACUGGAGCAAUACAAAGAUUCCGGUCCUCGAGUCUUUUAAAAUGAAUCUGUAUUGUGUUCAGAACCAUAAGGUGGUUCAGACCAUCACCACAUUCAACACGAACUCGACCCCACCUGUGUACUGGACCGUCGACUCCACGAUGCCUGGUCAUAGUGCAGUAUGUCCUCAUAAUCAAUAUCAAGUCGCAUUCGACUGGCCUUACUAUGACUCAACAGGCGCGGUUGCUUAUGGUUCAGCUCGCUGCAAACUCAUGCUGUUCAUCCCAAGCAAUCAAGCUCCUCGCCCAGGCUCAUCUAUCAGUGGCCCGCCCGCAGAUUCAGAAGCACAAAUAGCCGCAGAUGACCCUCCACCCGGUGAAAUUGUAGUAACCGAAAAGACAAAGAUGAUCUUGAUCGGCGUUGGCUCUGCUGUCGGUGCCUUGGUCCUUGCUGGCUUUGUAGGGUUCUAUGUAAUCCGAUUUAGCAAUAAGCGUGCAGAAAAAAAAAGCACAGCACGUAAGCUCAAGGAACCUGCCGCCGCUACUAGAUACAACGACCUGGCUUCGAUCGCAACAAGUAGCCCGGUUAUGACAGCACGAGGAGGCCGUGGCGCCGGUGGCCCUACGAUGACAAAGAGCAACUAUGCUCACGCCCCUGAUAAGGGCCCGCACCCCCCUACACCCAUCGCGAAUGCAAAUUCCAAUAACAGCCUUACUCAGGAUUCAGCAUCGUCUACCCAUCGCCCCGCAUCUUUGCUGACCAGUUCAUUUACGCCAGCAGAGGAGAGAAACCCGUAUAAGAAGCGCGAGAACCAACAGAACCAUUAA